CCUGAGAGGGAUUCAUCUUUUGGAAAAGACUCGUUCAGACACCGUGUACACCGAUAAAUAGACGAAUUCUUAAUAUAGCCAUCACUUUGCACUUUGCGAGUGUUUCAGAUUUCUUUUUUAAGUGUAAACGCUGGCUGGUGCCGAGCCCCGAACAGCGUUAGAAGCUGCGAUAGUUCUGUUUCUCUAAUUACGGCCACUUCCUAAAGUAGCUCAGGAAGCAAAGCCUGGCUGUCGGGUCGGUCAUCUCUCACCGGGAGGUCAACGCUGCAAUUAGAGCUCGCCUUUCUUAAUGUUAAGCAGUACAAGUUAUAUGAAGCAGCAUUGCAUGAUAAGAGCGCAGUUUAAUGCACGGACAGCGACACGUAGACCAAACUCCGCAUGACACAAGAUCUUUCUACGUUCGCUGAUCUUUCCUCAUGCCGUUAGUCUUCCGCCGUGAAGACACUUCCUCCCCGUGUCCUGCCAGUGAGCGGCAGGGUGUUGCAUGCAUAUUGGGGAAAAAAAAGUCUUAUUUCGCUCCCGAUACUAAAUUAGGCUCUGUCCUUACGUCAGAGUUCACCGAGAGUGGGCGAUAGCGUCCUCUGUACGUAAUGCCUGGUUCAGAAGGAAUCCGAAUGGGAAACCAGAGUUACUUCAAAACUCCAGGGCAGAAGCUGAUUAUUUUUUUAACCACAGUUACUGACAGUCACCCACAUGCGCUCGAACCCAAGAGACUCGGCAAACUUCUAAACGUGGAUGUGGAGCGACCUGAGGAGUUAUUUUAAAUGCUACAGAACCAUUUUUUUUUUAAAGGAAUACGUUUUCACUUGAGUUUCGCAAAGAGGCGUUUUGCGCAAGAACUUUGGGGAUUACAUUGCAGGACCACAGCCCAGGAUUAAGUGAAAAUCUUAUUCGGGAAAAAGGCGAAAUCGUCCGGAGUGCAAGAUGGGGCGCAGUUGGUUGGAGAUUUGCAUCACCAUGCUGAUAGUUCUGGGGCUCUCUGUACCGAGCGAGUCUCAGAGGGAUUUUCGCGGGAGGUCUGCACAGUUGUGGGGACUCAGGACCGGACACAGAGUCUCCAACCUGACAGUGAAUAAUGUGAGGUUACCUGGCCACACCGCAACAUUGAGGGGGCAGAGAAAUCCGGAGAGAAAUCCCGCUUCGUCCCGGCUGCCAUCCGAUGCUCAUAUGCCUGUUUUAUACCGGGCAGCGAGCCAAAUGACCACUGGCAAACGAGAUGCCCGGGAGACUAGCACUCGCCGAGCCGGGGUAAACGGACAGAUUGCAGCCGGGACUGGACGCACAGCUCACAACCCGCCGAAUUAUAAUCCCGUUACGUCCCGGAGAAUCAGUCCCGUCUCAGUCAGGGCGAGUCGCCCGAUUACAUCCAGAAUCAGCGCUCUAUCAUCGCGGGAGAGAAGCCGAACACACCUCGGGACCGCCCAGGGUGAUAGACAUACACCAUGGUGGCCUGGUCGCACCGGCUUCUCCUCCAGAAACAGUGGUUUUAUUUCUGAUGCCAGCAGCAGCAGCUCAGUCUCACUGCGAGGGGCGAACCCCGUCUCACCUGUGCGGGCCAGCAUGUUGGCUUCAGGUGCUUCGAGAACCCGACUGGCGGCCGGCGCUUCUCAGUCGCGGAGCAGGCAGUUUGCCAGACAGAACCAGGGGAGACGCGCGCCGAGCAGGAGAUUGAUAGGGCCUAAUGUUUGUGGAAAACAAUGUUGUUCUGGAUGGAGUGUGAGCCAAAGUACAAACCGAUGUAUGAAACCUGUAUGUGACCCACCAUGUCAAAACAGGGGUUCAUGUUCUCGACCUCAAGUCUGUGUCUGCCGAUCAGGAUUCCGGGGUUCUAGGUGUGAAGAAGUUGUUCCAGAACAACCAUACAAUCCCCGUGGUCUCUCAUCAAGAUCCUUGCCUUCUCGGUUAUCUGCCUCAAAUUUAAAUGCCAUCCAGCAAAUUGAUGAUAAUGCAAAAAAUAACACCAAAAGAAUGAAACAAAUUUCAUCUAGACGUGAGACUUCAUUAAUUGGUCACACCGAGCACCUUCUUCCACAAACUAAGUAUGGACAGCUUGUUAAUACUCAGAAAUUGACAGGAACAUCACGUAUGGUGAAACACUUAUCAAAUGGAAAUGGACAGCUACUGUCCAAUUCACUAUUUAACAAUGGACAGGCGCAGGUUCAGAACCGAUUUGCUACAAAUGGACAAGUUGUGGCAGAAAAUGAAAAUGCACUACCACGAGGAGCAAAUCUGACAAUGAAUGUAGGAACAAUAAAAAUUGUCUUCACACCGACUAUUUGCAAACGCCAGUGUAGAAAUGGAAAAUGUCACAACAGUUGUAAGAAAGGUGAUCCAACUACACUUUACAGUGAAAAUGGUUAUGGUCCUGUGUCCAAAUCUGGCUUUCGAAUCUAUUUUUGCCAGAUACCAUGUCUGAAUGGAGGGUACUGCAUUGGAAGGGACAAGUGUUGGUGCCCGUCAAACUCAACAGGAAAGUUCUGCCAUCUUCCAGUGCUUCAUAAAAAACAGAUUGUGACAAGGAUAGCACCUGCAGAUUCUUCCAACACACAGUCUGUUUACACACUCCCUCUUUCAAAUCAGCCAGUUGUUAUGCAUCCAUCCCUGGUUAAUAUACACGUGAACCACCCACCAGAGGCCACAGUACAAAUUCAUCAAGUGGCACGAGUGAAGACCCCACCUGACUCUUCACCUAAGAAAAACAUAAAGAAUUCACUGGAGCAACUGUCAGUUCAUUCAGUACAGCAAAGAUCACAACCAAAUAAUAGUGAAAGCCACAGUAGGCAGCCACAGGUGCAUCGUAGACCUAUGACUAUGGGAAGAUGUUUCCAGGAAACGGCUGAUGGUCAGUGUGAAAAACCACUUCCAGGUCUCACAAAGCAGGAUGAUUGUUGCGGGAGCGUGGGAUCAUCAUGGGGUUACCAUAAAUGCACACAAUGUCCUCCAAAACUAGCUCAUCAACAUUUCCUAAAUGGCCAGUUUGAAUGUCCUCUCGGCUAUAAAAAGGUGAACCAGACAUAUUGUCAAGAUAUUAAUGAAUGCCUGAUGACAGGACUGUGUCAAAAUGCUAACUGCCUCAAUACCAGAGGCAGCUACAGAUGUACCUGUAAUCCUGGAUAUAUGUUGGAUACGUCCAGGAGCCACUGCAUCUCGGAUAAGGCCGUUUCUGCAAAGCUGGGACCCUGUUUCAGAUCACUGUCCAAUGGAAACUGUUCUCUGCCUCUCUCUCAGCAAAUUGCGAAACAGAUCUGUUGCUGUAGCCGUGUCGGCAAAGCAUGGGGUAAAAACUGUGAAAAAUGUCCACUUCCUGGCUCGGCUGUUUUCAAUGAAAUCUGCCCAGCGGGUCAUGGUUAUCAUUACUCUAGGUCUCAUGUCCAGAUCUUGAUGAGACCUGCUGAAGAAGAGGAAAUUUCUCAAGUUAUCCUCGAACAGCAUCUUGACAACCAGCAGAGCACUGCCAAAGAUUCCAAGUUAACUUCAAAGGAAGAACAUUAUGUAAACUUAGAAGGAUACGAUACUUCAAUAAAAACUUCUAAGCCUUUUGUCACAACUCAUGCUCCAAGUGUUGGCAAUGAUCCAGUGGAAGAAGUAGUGAAGACGAGCCCAGCUAUACACGUACAAAUUGUCCCUGAACAUACUGGUGAACAGGUGGCUUCAGUGCUCCCAGAAGAGAUUUAUGAUAUAAAUAUAUGUGAAGUCUCACCGAAUGUUUGUGGUCCAGGAAUUUGCAUCAAUCGACAAGUUGGAUACACAUGUGACUGUGACACAGGUUAUCAGCUGGAUAAUCAGCAAAAUAAGUGUGUAGAUAUUAAUGAAUGCAGGGAAAUCCCACAGCUCUGUAGCUAUGGCCAGUGUGGAAAUACAGCGGGAGGUUAUCGGUGCACUUGUUUGACAGGAUUUGUAUUGAACCGACAAGGAACUGACUGUCUAGAUAUAAAUGAGUGUGAAACAGACGCAUGUGGGGGCAAUGGUCAUUGCAUUAAUAUCCUGGGCACAUACACCUGCUCCUGCUUUACAGGCUAUACGUUAGUCAUUUCACAAGGCAAGCAAAAUUGCCAAGAUAUCAAUGAAUGUGAACAGGCCAACAUAUGCAAUGGACAUCGUUGCGUCAACAUUCCAGGUUCUUAUGUGUGUGACUGUGAAGAAGGUUAUAUAUUGACCAGACCAGGAAAUUGCAGUGAUAGUAAUGAAUGCUUAAUGCCUGGCAUUUGUACCAAUGGGGGUUGCGUCAACAUGGAAGGGUCUUUCAGAUGCACUUGUAACCAAGGUUUUGAACCUGUGACAGACCAGAAGAACUGCAUUGAUAUCGAUGAAUGUUUGACCCGUGAUGUUUGUUUUAAUGGACUUUGCACAAAUACUGAGGGAUCCUACACGUGCUCAAUCUGCAACCCAGGGUACAGUAAAUCAGAAAACAGACUGGCUUGUGAAGACAUUGAUGAAUGCGAAUCCCUUAAUGCUUGUUUUAAUGGACUUUGUGUAAACACUGAGGGAUCCUACACAUGCUCAAACUGUAAUUCUGGAUACAGUGUAUCAAAAACCAGGCAGACAUGUGAAGACAUUGAUGAAUGUGAAUCCCUUGAUGUUUGUUUUAAUGGACUUUGCAUAAACACUGAGGGAUCCUACUCGUGCUCAAUCUGCAAUCCUGGAUAUAGAUUAUCAGAAAACCGGCUGACAUGUGAGGAUAUUAAUGAAUGCUUGACUCAGGACAUUUGUGGUCCGAAUGGCGAAUGUAUAAACAAUGAAGAAGGCUCUUAUUACUGCCUUUGUGCUCAGGGCUAUACCACUACUCCUGAUAGAACAAGCUGUGAAGAUGUGAAUGAAUGCAGUGAGGAGACUAAGUGUUUAGGUGGGACAUGCAUAAAUACAGAUGGAUCCUAUAUGUGUAGAUGUGAAACAGGGUUCACACAUUUACCUGAAGCAGAACAGUGUACUGAUAUUGAUGAAUGCAGUUUAUAUGCCAACGCAAGCCCAUGUGGGAUCUGGAAGUGUGAGAAUACUAUUGGCUCAUUUCAGUGCAUUAUGGCUUGCCAGCCAGGAUUCCAACGUACGGCAAUUGGGAACUGCAUUGACGUUGAUGAAUGUGUAAAUGAAACCAUCUGUGGUACUCAUGGGUAUUGUAUGAAUACAGGUGGUUCUUUCCACUGUCUAUGCGAUCAAGGUUUUGAGGUUCCAUUAAGAGGACAAGCAUGCGUUGACGUUGAUGAAUGUGUAAAUGAAACCAUCUGUGGUACUCAUGGGUAUUGUAUAAAUACAGGUGGUUCUUUCCACUGUCUAUGCGAUCAAGGUUUUGAGGUUCCAUUAAGAGGCCAAGCAUGCGUUGAUAUUAAUGAAUGUGAGAUGAUGAAUGGAGCCUGCGGAACAGCUCUUUGUGAAAAUUUCGAAGGGUCCUUCUUCUGUGAAUGCAUGGAUGAGAAUGAAUUUUUUGAUCCAGCGAAAAGCCAAUGUGUCCCUCAUGAAGCAAUGGUAAUUGGCCGUGUACCAGACAUGACUGCCGUGUCAGAAUCAUCCAUGAUGCCAGAACAUACUAAAGGAGAUUUGAAGGAAUGCUACUACAAUCUGAAUGAUGAAAACUUCUGUGAUAAUUUGCUGUCACGGAACAUCACCAAAGGGGGAUGUUGUUGCACAGUUGGCGUUGGUUGGGGCGACAACUGUGAAGUUCACCCUUGUCCUUUGGCAAACACAGAGGCAUACAAAGGAAUGUGUCCAGAUGGCAAAGGAUUUAUUCCAUUUCAGAUUGGUUCAUUUGCCUUUGGAUCGCAAAACUACGGAGAUGCAGAUGAGUGUACAAUGUUUGGCUCCGAGGUCUGCAAGAAUGGACAUUGUGUAAAUACUAGAGGAAGCUAUUCCUGCUAUUGCGAUGCAGGAUCUUACUAUGACAAUGUGAGGUUAGGAUGCACUGACAUCGAUGAGUGUCAGGAUGAAAAUAUGUGUGUGAAUGGAGAAUGUGUCAACACACCAGGAUCAUUUAACUGUUUCUGCAACCCACCACUUAUAUUGCAUGUGACGGGUGAAAAAUGUGUAAAUGGCUCAGAAUCUGGAGUUGACUUCUCAGAAGAGGGAGAUGCACACCUGAACAUAUGCUGGCAAGCAGUGACUGAGGCGUACGUUUGUAGCAAACCUCUGAGGACCAGGUCAACCUACACUGAAUGUUGCUGCAUGUACGGAGUGGCUUGGGGACUAGAUUGUGCAUUCUGUCCCCCCAGAACAUCAAAUGAUUUUGCACAGCUUUGUAAUGUUCCUAGGACAUUUGGAGAUGGAUCUGAUAGAUCUGGCUUUGAAUUUGGCCACGAAACACCGUCCCGUGGAGAAGAUUCACAACGUGGAAUUGGAUCCUAUGACAAUUAUCUUCGGCCUGAAUAUGGACCAUAUGAUUCUCAAUAUGGAGCAGAAUAUGGACAGGGAGAUCGCUAUUUUGGAUCAAGAUAUGGACAAAGCAAUCCUCAACCCGACUCAGGGUUUGAACUUAGAGACUCACGUCUUACUGCUCAAUAUGGUCCAACAGAUUCCCAACGCGGACUUGAAUAUGGUUCAAGAGAAUAUUCACGCAUUCCACAACACCGCCCUCAAGAACCUCUGAGCAUCCCUUUGUUCAGCAGCAGUGAUAAUGAACGAUCCAGCAGCUUUGAAGGUUUACAAGCAGAGGAGUGUGGAAUUCUGAAUGGUUGUGAAAAUGGCCGAUGUGUACGAGUGCAGGAAGGAUACACUUGUGAUUGUUUUGACGGGUUUGAGCUUGAUAUGACAAAAAUGACAUGUGGAGAUAUAAAUGAAUGUGAGGACCUCAGUGACACCAUACCACUCUGCAGGAAUGCAAACUGUGAGAACACAGAGGGAUCAUAUAAAUGCAUCUGUUUACCAGGCUAUAUGCUUUCGCAGAAUUCUAAUGACUGUAUACUGGAAGUAGAAGCAGGACAUCAAUAAGAAUCUCAGCACUGUUCCCCAGGAAGGGAGUCGGAAGCACUUAGUGAUUUAUUUUAAGGGGGAAAUGUUUAUUUUACUUGGGAUUGUCAAUGAUGUCACAGAAGUUUCAGUAAAGCUUCAGUGAUACAUCAAAGCCAUAGAGUGGAAUUGCUCAGCUUCUAUAUAAUUUAUAUCGAUGACUUUUAAAACAAUUCUUGAUUAAAUUGGCAAUGAUUACUUUGAUGUAAGUAAAGUACAGAGACAACACAAAGAGCACGUUGGCUGAGAAUAAGAGUUUGCGAAGCCAUUAUGCUACUUGAAGACACCAUGAAUGGCUUUGAAAUAAUUGAUAUCAAGAUCAUUUUAAGUAUCACAAUUUAGAGUAAAUUAUUUCUGUGAAUAAUCGAGAAGGCUGAACUUCUGCGGAAUCUGGCCAGUGAGCAAACUCUACAACAAAACACAGCUUUAUAAAAUUGAUCAUUAUUUGGUUCACGUCUCUGUUACUGUGGCUUCCUGUUCAUCAACAUAUUUUUGGAGAGGGGAAGGAAUGGGAACCAAAAAUGGUGAUGAAGGAAGUACAAAUAUACGGGAGGGAUUAACUUUGUAACUCAAAGAUCCACAUUUUACUGCUGUUCGCUGAACUACUGCAAUGUGCAUGGUUUCUAUGGCAAUGUUAUGAAAAUAAACUCUUUAAAUAAUAGACUUUAGCACAAAGACUGUUAAGCUCCUAAAAUACAUAUUAAACCCAUAUUGGAUCAGAUGACAAGCAAGUGGAUUACUGACAUUCUAGAAAAUUAAUUAAAUGCAUCAUAUAAAGUAAUAGAAAUUCUUAAAAUUAAAAUUAUAAUUAAAUUAGGUGAGAUGGAAUUGUUGGAAAUUAAGUUCCAUGUGAUCAGUCUGUAUUUCAAUGGGACACACUGUGAACAUUCAGAUUAAGAGGUAGAACAGAUGGCUAGAUCCUGUCAAACAGUGCUGAUUAGAAGAAUGCACUUUACCCGUCCCAUCAACAGCAGAACAAAAAGCAUGCACUGUCUACAACUUUGCAUGGUUCAGAUUAUCACGGUGUGUUUCAGCUAUUUUUAUUUCUUGUCCUUUAAAUAUUGAAGCUACCUGCAGCAGUCCUCCCAAUCCUACCCCAGUCAACUUAUUUUGAAGUAUGUGUCUGUACAUUCAAUACAAGAAGUGCUUUCCAUUUCCUUACAGUAACCUUACAUUCCAGAGUUUCACACUGUGGUGAAGGCCAGUUCAGAUAAGGCUCAGCCCAAACAAUCAUGGUUGAUAUCUAAAAUCAUAGUUUACCAACAUUAAAAGGUUUGAGUCUGGAUUUAAUCAGAUUGAAGAUUAUCCCCAAUUGUCACGUCGAAGGUUAGCUUAAAGUGAUUCGACUGCCCAGAUGUUCUAAGAAUAAAUUCUUAUUUCAGAGGAUAAUGUUAAAAACGAUAAUCUUCUGGAUUGCUGAACAAGCACCCAGAAUGGUAUCAUUCUAUUUGAAAAUGUUUCCAUGGCCUCUACUCAGCUGUUCCAGUGCUGAUGAGAUAAGACGUGGACACAUGUUGUUCAAUUUCAGCUGAUGCUGUUGUCCUCAGCACAGUUGAUUAAAUGUACUCCAACGCCUUGUGUUACAUAUUUGUUCUAGCAUUGUAUAAUCAAUUGUUGAUAAAGAAGCAGUCAAAUAAAGUUUCUUUUAGUGCAAUGCAACCAGAGCAAAGAUCAUAAUUGGAAUCAGUGGAAACCAUACUAUCUGUCCAAUUUUGCAAUUAAAAAUACUUUAUGUAAUAAAUAUAGCCAGAAAUUUGCAACAAAUCAGGAUGUAUAUUAUUUUCAGUAAUCUUAAAAUACAUUUUAAUAAAUAAUUCUUUACCUGGCAGUUUUUUUAAAGGAUGCUAUUGUUUAUAAAUGCACUUUAAUUUUAUUAGUAUUAGUUUGCUUUGAAAGAUUACCUCAGCUGCAAUAAAUAUUCACUUUUUUUCUUUAGUUUAUCUCCUGAAAUAGUUGAUUUCCAGGUUUGGCUGUGCCUUCAGGAAUUCUGCCACACGUAAUUAAAGUAGUAAACCUUCAUGUUUUCAAAUGAACACCCGAACCGGAUAUCUCAAUUUGACCGAUCUUCCCCAACACUUUAAACUUUCAGCAAAUGAUACCAGAAAUGACAUAAGAAACCCUACCCAUUUUCUUCUCCUGACUCCUUAAAGCUCAUGGUAAUUGCAGGGUUCUUUAUCCUGAUAUUGGCUGAAGUGAUAUGGAAGAAGGAUUAAAUCUGGAACAAAUGUGGCUCAGCAGCUAACCAAAUAAUCUCACAUUAAUUUUUUUUAAUACAGUAAGAAUAUACAUUCAAAUCCACAAACAUAAAUGUGAACAUUUUAUAAGGACUUCCUGUGAUCUAACCUGUACUAAAGCAAAUACAAAUCAACGAUUGAAAAUCUCAAGUAAAGGAAACAUAUAUGAGUAUUUUUUUCUUUGUGUGUGUAUUUUGUUUUUUUUUUAACAUAAUGAUAAGCUCUGGUAUAUCUUGUAAAUCAUACUUGCUACUAAAUUUUUUGUAAAGCUAUGACAUCUGAUUACUGUACAUGUUUUGUGGAUACCUUAUCAUUCUCAAAAGCAAAGGAGCAUAUGUUUUGUACAGAGUUAUAUGCAAAAUACAAUGUAUUUAAUGUUUUACGUAAGGUAAAAGCUGGUUAUUUAGCAAUAACAUUGAAACUGUUAGUUUGGACUAUUUCACAAGUCAUCUGGUUAUAAAUUCUAGUAUCUCAUGUUGAUCGUUUAAUGUGUUUGGUGCCUUAUACAUUUUUCAUUCUUCUGAACACUUUGUAAUUUAAAGGUUAGAAAUGCAUUUUCAAUAAUGUAACAUAUAAAUCGCAAAUGCUUUACUCCGUGGAACAGUUCUAUCAACUAAUAUUAGAAAUACAAUAUGCAGUGAUUCAUAAAAUAGCUUAUUGCCAGUCUCUCAAGUGCAGUUGAGCCUUGGUGUUAAAUGCACAAAUCCAUGUCAUGCAAAUGAACUUUAAGAGCAACAAAUAGGACAAAAUGUGGUCGGGGUUGCUUGCACUAAAUGUGCAAAAAUAAUAAUGUCAACUUUCUGAAAUCCUGUCCCAUCACUUAAGUGGAGCCAUAUUUCAUAGAAACAUAGAAAUUAGGUGCAGGAGUAGGCCCUUCGGCCCUUCAAGCCUGCACCGCCAUUCAAUCUGAUCAUGGCUGAUCAUCAUUUUGGAAGUGAAAUAUAGCGCACAGCUCCUGCAUUAUUAAGUAUUUAGUGAUCAUCUCCAAGGACAUUUUUUCUCACACUUGAGACUAAGUGGCAAUUUCCCAACCCUUGCACAACUUUAAACUAAUGGGCAGAACAUUCUGUGACCAUAUGAUUUGUUAUGCUCUCUUAAGAACACAAACAUUAAUAUAGAUAUAGGCCAUAUGAAUAAGAUCAUAGUUGGUUAGUCUUGGCCUCGGCUCCACUUUUCUGCCUAUUCCCCCUGAACCCUUGAUGGCCUGGAGACCAAGAAAUUGACAGGUUUAUCAAUAUAUGCAAUAAGUGAAAUUUACGAGAAAAAACGUGAAGAAGAUCAUCCUUUGAAUAUAUUAUUAUAAAUCUUAGUUUGUGAUUGCCUUAGAUUUGACUUUAUUGGUACUUGCAUGUGGUCUCUAAGGACCAGGUGUAAUUAAAAGUAGAGUUACUUACUUUAAUGGUCAUUUCCCAGCCAGUUUCUAUGCUGUAAUUCUUGUAACCUGAGAACUGGCAUUGGUUGAUUUCAAGUAUUUGCAAAUAUUUUUCUGUUGUCACAGCAAACUACAAAUUCUAAUCAAUGUUCUUGUGCCUGUAUUUUUCAAAGAAACAAAAAAAGCUGCUGCAAAGAACUGGUCUUGUUUCCACGUUCUUUCCAGCUCGAGUGAAGUUCUUCCGUCACUUCCUUACAUUUGGAAUCAAAACCAAGGAUUGAUCUGUAUUGUGUGAAAAUUAAUUUGUAGUUCAAGCAAAUAUGUCCGGACCUGAUUUACAAACCAAUAUGCAAUUAAAUAUAGAUGAGCCGAUUAACUCGGUGGGCUGAAGGGCUUGUUUCCAUGCUGUAUCUUUAGAAACAUAGAAAUUAGGUGCAGGAGUAGGACAUUCGGCCCUUCGAGCCUGCACCGCCAUUCAAUAUGAUCAUGGCUGAUCAUCCAACUCAGUAUCCCGUACCUGCCUUCUCUCCAUACCCCCUGAUCCCCUUAGCCACAAGGGCCACAUCUAACUCCCUCUUAAAUAUAGCCAAUGAAGUGGCCUCAACUACCCUCUGUGGCAGAGAGUUCCAGAGAUUCACCACUCUCUGCGUGAAAAAAGUUCUUCUCAUCUCGGUUUUAAAGGCUAAACCACAUUCUGGUCACCACACUUUCAAUCAAUCAGAUUUGCUUAGGUAAGAUCUCAGAUGAUGUGCAGGCUAGGAAACGCACUAUACAUCCCAACUGUUUGCUUGCUUAGUUGAUAAGGAAACAUUUGCUGUUGCAGUACCAGAUAUUUCCCCAAGGCUGGUACAGUGAUUCUGCAAGAAAUACUACAGUAUGUGGAAGCACUAGCUACAAACAGUAAUCGAUCGCAUGUGUCUUCUCAUUUGUUCCAAUCAUUAUGUUGAAUGUUUCAUUUACUAGACAGUGAGUUGGUACUGCCUUUACACCACUUUCCUGGCCAGAAGGGUCACCUGUGCCAUUGAGUAUGAAUUUAUCACUUUCAACCUUCGAAAUAAAACUGGUUGUAACUCUA